CCUCCUUCAGGUGCAUUUUUAUUUUCUAUUUCGACACUUUAAUUUAUCUCUUGCAUUUUUUAGCUCUCCACAAGAUUGUUCAAUCUAGAAAGGAAGAUGAAGACCAAGACGAACUUGUCAACUAAAAAAAUUAUCAUUGUCAUCCUUUUGUUGAUCACUCUCAUUGCUGACGUGUGUGCAGAUCCAGUAUCCGCAGUAUCUGCAAGUCACGGCGGAGGUGGUGGCGGGCACAGCGGCGGCAGCGGCGCGCAUGGGAGUGGUGUUGGAGAGAACGGUGGCGCUCGAGUGGUCCCGGCCGUGCAUGGUAAUAAUAAUAAUAAUCAACACAGAAAAGGGAAUCGCGCCCAACUCAUGAAACCGCCCGUCAUCCUACCCGGCCGCCAUGGCUUUGCUUGGGAUACUAUUACUUCCAUGUUUGGACUUCAUCUUGACGCCGUCAUCAUCAUCAACCUACUCGUCUUUUUUCUCAUCUAAGUUUGAAUUUCUGCAUAUUUGAUCUUCAUGCAUUUCUUUUCUUAAUUUACACUCCGUAAAUUAUCUCGAAAAGAAUUUGACAUAUUGACUUUUAUUAGUUAUAUUUGAUCUUCAUGCAUUUCUUUUCUUUAAUAUUAAUUUCCCUACAUUAUGUAAGAAUUUGCUAGCUAACUAUGCCCUAGCUAGCAUGUGGUAUCUACUAAUUGAAAGUUUAUUGUGUUCUGACUG